CGUAAAAAUGCAUUUUUUGUCAGAAUUGUUUUUGAGGUUGAAGUAAAAAUUAAAUGAACAUUUAAAAAAAUGGCAAUGACAGGAAAUAAUAGCGGUGUGAGAAAUUUUAAAAUUGUAUUGCUUGGAGAAGGUUGUGUCGGCAAAACCAGUCUUGUAUUAAGAUAUGUCGACGAUAAAUUCAAUAAUAACCAUAUUAGCACUGUGCAGGCAGCGUUUUUAAACAAAAAACUAAACAUAGAUGGAAAAAGGGUUAAUCUAGCUAUUUGGGAUACAGCAGGGCAAGAACAGUUUCAUGCUUUAGGCCCAAUUUAUUAUAGAUCUUCAAAUGGAGCUAUACUGGUGUACGACAUCACUGAUCAGGAUUCCUUUCAAAAAGUCAAAAGUUGGGUUAAGGAGCUUCGAAAGAUGUUGGGAGCUGAUAUCUGUUUGAUAAUAGCUGGUAACAAAAUAGACUUGGAAAAAGAUAGAAAUGUAACAUUGGAAGAUGCUGAAGAAUAUGCUUGUAAAGUGGGAGCUAUACAUUGCCAAACGUCGGCAAAACAAAACAUAGGUGUAGAAGAUAUGUUUAUGUCUUUAACGACAAAAAUGUUGGAUAUAAGUGACGAGAAAGAAAACCAAAAAUCAUCGCCAUUAUCAAGACAGAAUUCUCAAAGACGUAAUGUUAUAGUUGUGGAUGAUGAGAUUACUCCACCCAGUAAAAGUUGCUGUGGUAGUUAAUUUUAAUGCUUGCAUUUAAUGAAUUUGUAAAUAAUGUUUGCUGGUAUAAGUUAAGUAAGAAUUUAUGCUAGAAUUGAGGUUUAUCUACAAAUAAUUUUAUAUUUAAUAUUGAAUAUUUUUAGCUUUGUACAUGUGAUAUUUAAA